GGAAUCUAUGACGUAGCACGCAUGGGAUCCACGUUGACGCCACAUUUUAUUUUACACUAGCGAAUAUUUGAUCAUUUUUGCUGCAGCCAACAAUGCCUUCAGUUUAAAUUUUGCUGUUAAACGUUUUACUUUGAUAGUUAUUCCAUAAUGCUGUCAGACGCACCAUUUACAAGCCCAUGGUCGUCUGAUGUGUUUAUAACUGGUGAUUAUAAGCUGCCAGCAGUCGAGGACAGCGAUGAGGAUGACAGUAUAUUGGACUUGUACAAAAGUACAUAUGAGGUAAAUAAUAACCAGUGGCAUGUAGAGCGUGUGUCCGGAUCAUCUAGUAUGACUGCUGGAUCAGAGUGCAGUAGCGAUGAGCUAUACAUUGAUGGUGAUGACGAUGCUUUUGUGUUUGAUAUAGAGUCAGAUGUCUAUAUGCAGGGACUAGAAUCAAAUCUAAACGACUUUAUAGACUCCUCCUGUAAUGUGAACUGGUCAGAUGAUGAUGACGAUGAUGAUGAUGAUUCCAACAGCAGUAUAGGUUCAUCAGGUACCUGUUCUCCAGAUAAAGACUGGUCUCCAACCUCAAUUCCUGCGGCCUCUCAGGCGUUUACCUGUUCAACUAUACAACCGUCCUCAAAAUGCCAGUCACGAAGAUUGAAAAAUACACCAUGCAAAAAAUGGAGUCACAUGACAAAGUCGCAGAAAGCAAAAACAGUUGAUGAGUUAUCACUUACAAUCAGUAAUGACCUUGGUCUACGAGAGCAGAUGGAGAUCAUCAAAGUUAUCAACCCUGCAGCAACUUUCAGUAAACAAACAACUCAAUUUGUGAUAGAUUUGAAUACUAUAGAUGACAUAAAAUUAGAGAAGAUACAAGACAUAGUCAACUUUCAUUGUGUUCAGUCCAACGAUAUAACAGAUAAUCACAACAGUCACAGUUCCAACAGAAAGUUCUCAAAGAAAAACAAAAGUCAAGAUAGAAAACCAAAAGUACCAAAGCAGAGGAUACAGAAAGAAUAUAGACAGAAGUUGAAAGAGAAGAGAAGUGGUCUGUUUGUGAAGGAAGAACGACUAGCCGUAUCAGAGACAAUUAUGGAAGAAGAUAUUGACAUUUUAGGAUGACAUAGGCUAUAGUUGUCAUAAAGGAUUUCCAUGCCUAAAACCUGCAUAUUUGUUUAUCCGUGACCAUGCAGUCAUGUAAAAUGCUAAAAUUGUUGAUAUCUUUGCCCCAAAACUUCAGUAAUAUUGUUUUUGCCCUGUCCGUCCAUCCGUCCGUACGUACGUCACACUUUAUUUCCGAGCAAUAACUGGAGAACCAUUUGACCUAGAACCUUCAAACUUCAUAGGGUUAUAGGGCUGCUGGAGAAGACGACCCCUAUUGUUUUUGGGGUCACUCCGUCGAAGGUCAAGGUCACAGGGGCCCGAACAUUGAAAACCAUUUCCGAUCAAUAACUAGAGAACCACUUAACCCAGAAUGUUGAAACUUCAUAGGAUGAUUGUACAUGCAAAGUAGAUGACCCCUAUCGAUUUUGGGGUCACUCGUUAAAGGUCAAGGUCACAGGGGCCCGAACAUUGAAAACCAUUUCCGGUCAGUAACUUGAGAACCACUUGACCCAGAAUGUUGAAACUUCAUAGGAUGAUUGGUCAUGAAGAGUAGAUGACCCCUUUUGAUUUUGGGGUCACUCUGUCAAAGGUCAAGGUCACAGGGGCCUGAACAUGGAAAACCAUUUCCGAUCAAUAACUAGAGAAGCACUUGAUCCAGAAUGUUGAAACUUCAUAGGAUGAUUGAACAUGCAAAGUAGAUGACCCCUAUCGAUUUGUGGUCACUCCAUUAAAGGUCAAGGUCACAGGGGCCCGAACAUUGAAAACCAUUUCCGGUUAGUAACUUGAGAACCACUUGACCCAGAAUGUUGAAACUUCAUAGGAUGAUUGGUCAUGAAGAGUAGAUGACCCCUAUUGAUUUUGGGAUCACUCUGUCAAAUGUCAAGGUCACAGGGGCCUGAACAUGGAAAACCAUUUCCGAUCAAUAACUAGAGAACCACUUGACCCAGAAUGUUGAAACUUCAUAGGAUGAUUGUACAUGCAAAGUAGAUGACCCCUAUCGAUUUUGGGGAUACUCCAUUAAAGGUCAAGGUCACAGGGGCCUGAACAUUGAAAACCAUUUCCGGUCAGUAACUUGAGAACCACUUGACCCAGAAUGUUGAAACUUCAUAGGAUGAUUGGUCUUG